UUUUCGUAUGGUCUGGUGAUGGUCUUCCGAUCUGUCGGAGGGUUGUGAUACUCACUCCCUCCGGGAAUGCGCUGCGGGGCAUGAUGACGUUUAAUCCCACCCUCGACACCAGACUCGGAUCGCCAUCAUCUGUCAUUUUCAACAACAACGUCCAACCCAUUUAACCAGAAUAACAUCCCAUUGCAAAUAACCAUUACUACCGACCGGCAAUCAUGGGGAUCGUCCAUAUUGUGAUGUUUGCCUUCGAGCCUCUGGCUCCUCCCGAAGACGUCCAGAAAGCCUGUGAUGCAAUGCUGGCCCUCAAAGACAACUGUAUCCACCCGGAGACCAAGCAGCCGUAUGUCAAGACGGGAACAGGAGGCAAGGACAACAGCCCCGAGGGAAAGCAGAACGGCAUAUCACAUGUGUUCAUCAGCGAGUUUGAGAAUGAGAAGGACCGGGAGUAUUAUCUGAAUGAAGACCCGGCUCACCUGGCCUUUGUCAAGAGCCUCGAUGGUGUCGUUGCGACGGCACAGGUCGUUGACUUUACCCCUGGGGUGUUCUGAUGGGUGUGCCAUUUGGAAGGAAACACAGUUGGUUUCUGGAGGUGGCUUCGACGAUGGACCCGUGGAGGAUGAAGCGCCUCGCGGAGGAGUUGGGCCAUGAUAAGUGUGCAGAAAUAUUACCUUGUCUCAACCUGGCUGGCGGACAAAAUGCAUUUAGCCUCCCCAGCACGGCUUCUUUCCUAAGCUUCCCAUCCAUAGAACUCUAAAAAGUCUGAUGCAACUUGCAAGCCAUUCAUCAACGGCUCAGUUGAAGUUAAAAAGCCAAAUCUCACUACUGCUUCGGGCAAGCUAGCAAUGAUACUAUCGUCUGCCCCACCACCUUCGCUCAGACUUGAGUUCUGCCUUGACACUGUACUCAAAACUAGUCUGGCAUCUCGGGUUAUUGGCAUGCCACUCCCUUGUUCCCCACCGUAGAAAGAAGGAUUCAACAGAAGCUGUCUGCGAUGAAGCGGUUAUGCCGAUAUCUUGGCAUCCCGGAUCGGUGUCCUCCUUAC